AUGUUUGCGGAGUACUUUUACUCCACUAGCUAGGAUGAUUAUCGUGUAUAUAUAUCAUAUAGCUUAGUUGAUCCAUGUAGUGUUAGAUUAGUGAGAAAAGAAAAAGCGAUGAGGAGAACACCACAAGCGGUGGAAGGAGAGAAACGCAAACUGCCUCUUUUCAAGACGGAAGAAGCAAAGGGCAAGGUUGCUUUCAGUUUGUUUUCGUCGUCGAUAUUGGUGGGGAUAUGUUUGAUAUGGGCCUAUAGAUUAUCAAACCUCCCCACAGCCGGCGACAGAGGUCGGUGGCUAUGGAUCGGUAUGUUCUUCGCCGAGCUCGGCUUCGGUUUUUACUGGAUCCUUACUCAAGCUCUUCGUUGGAAUCUUGUUCGUUACUAUCCUCUCAAAUUCAAUCUCUCUCAAAGUUCUUGCAAGUUACCGGGGGUGGACAUAUUUGUAUGCACGGCGGAUCCCACGAUGGAGCCACCAACUUUGGUGAUUAACACCAUUUUAUCAGCGAUGUCGUUGAAUCAUCCCACUGAGAAGUUAAGCGUCUAUCUUUCCGAUGAUGGCGGAUCCCAACUUACCUUUUACGCGCUAUUGGAGGCCUCUCGUUUUUCCAAGCUUUGGAUACCGUUUUGCAAAAAGUUCAACGUUGAACCGAGGUCACCCGACGCCUAUUUUAUUCACAAUUUUGACCUGCAUGAACACACCGCAGACGCUCAACAGCGGCUGUUCAUCAAGGAACAAUAUGAAGGUAUGAUUAAACGAAUAGAAGCAGUCAUUAAUAAAGGUGGUGUUCCAGAAGAACUAAUGAACCAACACAAAGGAUUCUCUGAGUGGGAUUCUAAUGUAACCAAGCAAAAUCAUCAGCCCAUUGUGCAGAUUAUUAUUGAUGGAAGAGACACCAAUGCUGUAGAUAGUGAUGGUUGUCGAUUGCCUACAUUGGUUUACAUGGCACGAGAGAAGAGACCAGAUUGCCUUCAUCACUUUAAAGCUGGAGCCAUGAAUGCACUGAUAAGAGUGUCGUCUGAGAUCAGCAACAGUGCGAUCAUUCUCAAUUUGGACUGCGACAUGUAUGCGAACAACGCGGACUCGAUUAAAGAGGCUCUUUGCUUUUUCAUGGAUGAGGAAAGAGGCCAUCAGCUUUCUUUUGUGCAGCAUCCACAGAAAUUCAAUAAUAUUACCAAGAAUGAUCUGUAUGGGAAUUCCUCCCCAGUACUCCAUAAGGUUGAACUUCCUGGAAUAGGUGGUUAUGGUUCGGCCUUAUACUGUGGCACUGGCUGCUUUCACCGACGAAAGAGUCUUUGCGGAACCAAGUAUUCUGAGGAACAUAAAAGGCUAUGGAAUUCAGAAACUCGAAAGGAUGAUAACAGGACGGUUCAUGAAUUGGAAGAAGCAUCUAAAGUUCUUGCUAGUUGUGGCUUUGAGAAGGGAACUCAAUGGGGAAAAGAGAUGGGAUUAAUAUAUGGGUGUCCAGUUGAAGAUGUGGUUACGGGCUUGGCAAUCCAAUGCAGGGGAUGGAAAUCAGUUUAUUACAAUCCAGACAAUACAGCAUUUAUAGGAGUUGCUCCACCAACCUUGGACAUGGCUCUUGUUCAGUUCACCAGGUGGUCUGAUGGGCUGUUCCAAAUUUUCUUAUCCAAAUACUGUCCUUUCAUCUACGGAUACUAUAAGAUCAAAUUGGGUGCUCAAAUGGGUUACUGUGUCUAUCUGUUAUGGGCUCCAUCUUCCCUUCCUCUCCUCUACUACGCGAUCGCUCUCCCCUUUUCUCUGUUCCGAGGCAUUCCUUUAUUCCCCGACAUACGGAGCAGAUGGUUUAUACCCUUUGCCUAUGUGUUUGUAUCCAAGAACAUUUACAGUUUAGCCGAGGCUUUAAUUUUUGGAAGCACAUUCAAAGCAUGGUGGAACCUGCAAAGAAUGUGGGUACAUAGAAGGACAACAUCCUUCUUCUUUGCCUUCAUUGAUUGCAUAGUGAGACAAUUGGGAUUGUCUCAAACGACAUUUACUGUCACGGCCAAGGUCGUCACAGACGAUGUCUCGAAGAUGUACCAGCAAGAGAUCAUGGAUUUCGGGAGCACUUCCAUCAUGUUUACUGUUAUAUCAACGUUGGCAAUGCUGAAUCUUUUCAGCUUAAUUGGGGUAGUAGUUAAGGUGUUUAUGGGGGGAUUAGAGUGUAAGGACAUGGAAAAGUUGGUAUCGCAGGUUGUCCUUUGUGGGCUUAUGGUGACAGUGAAUGGACCAGUGUAUGAAGCACUCUUUGUUCGUAAGGAUAAAGGCAGCAUGCCGGGUUCGGUCAUGUUCAAGUCCAUAGUUUUAGCUUCGUUGGCUUGCCUUACCCCUUUAAAUUAGAUCAGAGAUCAAAGUACCAAUUUCCAUUGUAUUGCUCGGUGUAUGCUGUUUCAAUAGUAAAUAAGAACAUUCAACUCUCCUUUUUAUAUGGGUGAAAA